AUGAAGUUAAUGCAGUCUAAAUGGAGAGUGUGUACGAGUUUUUUAAUUCUACUAGUGACGGCAAAAGUUGGUGGAACGAGGCCCGAAAUUGUUCUCACAGGUGUCCUUACGAAGCCCUUUGUACCUCGAGAAUUUGCUUCCUCUGAAUGUAUCCGCGAUGGCGAAAUUUAUUUGAAGGCAUUGGAGACAUACACACCUUGGGCGCUUCAAAUGUACGACGCCUCAGUUAAAAUACCAUCAGGUUUGAUCACCGGCAAUUACAAACAGCUGGGUAAUUUUGAUGAAUGCUUACGAAUAAAAAACGAGCACGGAUUCGUCGGAAAAGCUUGCAAUGUGGCAGUACAGUUCAAGAUCACCGCGAACGACGGUAUAUCACGAGAUGAAUUGGACCUGGGAGAUCUGCUCGUAAAUGUCGCAAUCGCGUCGAAUGCGACAAAAUGGAGUUCCGGCAACUCAAUCGUAUACGAGUGGAUGUUUUGUAUUCCGUCCACCUGCAAUCAUACGGAGAUACAAGAGUAUCUCGAAAUCGCACUCGACCCAUUGAAUAUCAAAGGACGUGUAGAAAUGAGUAUCGUCGUUCCUAAGGAAUCGUGUCACACCGCGGAAACUGUUCGAAGAACUUGGGACACUGCUGAUUGGUGUUACAUAUCGAUUCUUAUACUAUUAGCAUUGAUCAUUAUUAUCAGCACGGGAUAUGAUAUCGUAAUACAACGGAAUACUAACGCGUCGAAAUUGAAAGAUAUUUUUACGGCGUUUUCUUUGUACACGAACGGGAAAAAACUGUUGAAAACUGAGGAUAGACGUAAAGAUUCUAUUUGCUGUCUAGACGGCUUGCGUUUCAUUAGUAUAUGCUGGAUUAUUUACGGUCAUACUUAUUACACGGAAGCUAUUAGUGUCAAAAUGGACCUCACACAGAUUCCAUAUAUGCAUUACGAUUGGAACAACAUGCUUGUGCUCAAUGGCAACAUUGUUACGGAUACUUUCUUUCUUCUGAGUGGGAUCCUACUCGCUUACACCGAAUUAUCAAAGAAGGAACGAGCCGCCUCAAACUGGCGAUUCGACAUGAUAGGACUUUAUGUUCAUCGUUAUGUGAGAUUAACACCGGCCUACGCGAUGAUGAUUGGUUUCUAUGCCACACUGUUAUACAAAUUUGGUACAGGCCCGCAGUGGGAUAUUUUGAUCGGCACUAAUAAAAACCUUUGUCGUCAGAAUUGGUGGACCAACUUGCUCUAUGUUAACAACUAUGUUGAUGUAUCAAACAUGUGCAUGUCCCAAUCUUGGUACCUAUCGACCGAGAUGCAGUUUGUUUGGCUAUCGCCGUUUAUACUGUAUCCUAUGCUCAAAUUUAGAAGUCUGUUCUUUGCCAUUAUUUGGGCCAUCUGCUUAUUUCUUUCGGUUUUAGUGCCUUUUGCUACAACUUAUGCUCAUCAACUAACAGGCACCAUGCUAUAUUAUAAGGAACAGAUGGAUGUAGCUGAUGUUUAUCUGAUGAUCUAUACAAAGACAUACAAUAGAUUUGGGUCUUACGUCAUUGGAUUAGGCUUGGGAUACUUGUUGCAUAAAACGCGAGCUUACAAAAUCAAAUUACGCAUCUGGUAUGUGAUUUUUGGUUGGCUGCUCGCGAUUAUGGCCGGUUUAUCAGUGAUUUUCGGACCACGAAACAUGUACUCCGACAUUCACGUAUAUAACAGAUUAGAAGCAAGUUUCUAUGCCGGUUUUCAUCGUCAAGGUUUUGCACUCUCGGUCUCCUGGAUCAUCUUCUGUUGCACGCACGGAUAUGCAGGUCCUAUAAAUUAUUUACUUUCUUGGAGUGGAUGGAUACCGUUCAGCAAAUUGACCUACUGUGCUUAUCUUUGUCAUUAUCUGUUCAUACUAUCACACGUCGGAGCCGUUCGAACUACCGGUAAUUUAACGCAAAUGAACGUGAUUCGCACAUUCUUCGCCAAUUUAAUGUUAACGAUGAUAAUAUCUGUGUUGUGGAGCCUCUGCUUUGAAAUGCCCUUCAUGGCCCUCGACAGGAUUCUACUUUCUGGACGUAAACAAAACUUGUCGAAUGACUUAAAGGCUAACAAUUCUGUGGCAUCUAACAAAGGUGUUUGCCAAUCAAGGGAAUCUUCAUUCAUUAACGAUAACCCGGGAAAAUAUAAUUGUAAUGUAUAAUUACCCA